GUCUUUUAUAAGACAAAGACUUUCUUUUUAACAUUGGCUCAAUCAAAUAUUUACUCUAUUUUCAACUAGUUAAAAAAAAAAAAUGAAAGUUAGAGAUUGUAUGUUGAAGAGAAAGUGUUGUUAGCUCUGCUAAAAUUUGGAUUUUGUGAUAAUGUGAAAAGAAGGAAAGGAUUUUGAAUAUAUAUAUAUUAGAGGGGAGAGAGAAACAAACAUUAAGAAAAAGAGGUGGUGGCAAGGCAAGGCAAGGCAAACAAACAUGUUGGAUGAAGGAGAAGGAGGAGCAGAACAGUUUGAGUUAGAGCAAUUGAGGUUGAGGACUACAACUACUAAUACUACUAGUCUUCUUCUUCAUUCCUCUUCUUCUACAAACAACAACAACAACAACACCUUCCACUACAUUCCUUUAAUUCAUCCUCCUAAUUACAACAACAACCACCCUUCUAGUUCUAGUUCUAUUUCCAAUUCUCAAUUUCAAACUCAAACAAAUUUCUUCCCUCCAUCAAUAUUAUUGCCCCACCACUCUCCUACACAUUAUCACAAUAACACUACAACCUUUAAUUCUAACUUCCAGAUCCAAUCUCCACCACCUAUGUUCACCGAUUCCACCUGGACCAACCAUCAACUUCUUGCACUCUUCAAGAUCACAUCUACCAUCCACAAUUUCUUCCCAGAUCAACUCAUCACAUGGGACCAUGUCUCAAGGAAGCUAGCUGAGGUUGGGAUUAACAAGAGUGCUGAGAAGUGUAAGGAUAAGUUUGAAGAUGAUAACAUAUCAUCAUUUUUCAAGAUUCAUAAUAAUCAUGAUCAUAAUUACCCUCCUCGGUUUAUUAGUGAGCUUCAAGAUCUUUAUCAAGGUGGUGUUAGUGCUGAUGAACAACAAAAUUCUCAUGAAAAGGAAAACACCCAACAACACCAAGAAGAAAAUUCAAGAGAUGGUGAUGAUACUGACAUAGUAGUAGUGACCAAACAAUGUGAUGAUGAUGACGACGACGACGACAAGGUGAUUGAAAAAUCAAAGAGAAAGAAGUGGAAGAGACGCAAUAGGUUUGAAAUGUUGAAGAGUUUUUGUGAGACAGUGGUUAACAAAAUGAUGGCACAACAAGAAGAAAUACACAAUAAACUACUUGAAGACAUGCUCAAAAGAGAUCAAGAAAAGCUUGCUAGAGAAGAAGAAUGGAAAAAUCAAGAGAUAGAAAGGAUGAACAUGAUGGCAAAAGAACAAGCUAUUGCAAGUGAUAGACAAUCCACCAUAAUCCAUUUCUUGAACAAAUAUCUAUCCACAGAUGGAAAUGGCAAAGGACGUUCUUCUUCCCAAAACCCUAAUGAUCAACCUUCUAACAAUCUUGAAGUUGAAUCAACACCUUCUUCUUCUAAUGUGAUAGCACAAGCACAACAAAACCCUAGCUCAAGUGAGACAGUAGUGGAAUCAAAUUACACUUCUACCCUUGUUGUGCCAACAACAAUGGAGAAAUUAGAGGAUAGGAGAAGAUGGCCAAGAGAUGAAGUGUUGGCACUAAUAAACCUCAAGUCUACUACAAGUGUAAUAAAUCGAAGCAACAAUGUUGAAGAAAAAGAAGGAAAUAGUAACAUUAAGGGACCUUUGUGGGAGAGAAUCUCUGAAGGGAUGUUAGAGAUGGGAUACAAGAGAAGUGCAAAGAGAUGUAAAGAAAAAUGGGAAAACAUAAACAAGUAUUUUAAGAAGACAAAGGAUGUUGUCAAUAAGAAGAAAAGGUCAUUGGAUUCUAGGACAUGUCCUUAUUUUCAUCAACUUAGUUCUUUGUAUAAUCAGCAGCAGGAGGGAAAACUAAUUGAUAAAUCUCAAUCUCAAUCUCAAUUAGUAACAAAUCCAAUCUCAAAUUCAGCUGACAAAGUAGAUGAUCAACCACAAGCGGAGUCUUCUGAUUCUCCAGUGGGGUCUAGUGUGGUAUAAUUAAGAAUGAUGUAGCAUGUUGAUUAUGCAUGUUAGCAAGUGAGAAAAAAUAUUUUUGAUGUAACCUUUUGUUAAUUUUGGUACUAUAUAAUAGUAUAUCAUUUUAGUUUGAAUUCCUUUACUUGCACAUUUCUUGUGAUAUAUUAAUAUUGAUGAUGAUAAUAAUAAUUAGUUCAACUAUAUAUAUUUUUUGGUUU